AUGGAAUUCCGAAAAUUUCUGGUUCUGAAACCUGAGAAUUUCCAUCCUCCCAGUGGAGCCAAGAUCCGAAAAUUAAUCGGAAAAAUGGCAGAAACUCAUACAAAUAGCUUAUUCGACUUCAGGAGAUCAAAAAACGAAGCAGAAGCAUUCUUCGAAGAAGACGAGGAAGAAUUUCAGCCGGAUGAAGAGAACGAGGAAGACUCAGAAAAAGCUGAUUUGGAUGAUUGGAUGGAUGAUGAUGAGCUGCAAGGUUUUGGAACCGAAGAACUUUAA